AUGACAAGCCGGUUUCCAUCUAUUCGGCUUCACAAUGAAGUGAGAGCAUUGCUGCUUCGAUAUCCUGACCGUGCUCUUGACGAGCCAGAUGCACUACAGCUCCUCAUUGGUCCAUCCCUACCUUCCGAUAUAUCCUUUCAAUUAAAAUACCUACUGUAUUGGGCGCCUGUGAAUCCUGUUACUGCCGUUACUUACUUCCUCCCUGAGUUCAAUAAUAACCCUUUCAUCAUUCAAUACGCUUUACGCGCGCUCGAGAGUCAUUCUGUCGAUAUCACUUUCUUCUAUGUGCCUCAGAUUGUUCAAAUGCUACGUUACGACGUUCUUGGCUAUGUUCAAAGGUACAUACUCGAAACAGCAAAAUUUUCACAGCUUUUCGCUCAUCAGAUCAUUUGGAACAUGAAUGCCAAUGCAUACAAGGAUGAGGAUUCAAGCGUCGCCGACUCUCUGAAGCCGACUUUGGACAUCAUCAAAGAGCGUAUGGUGACGAGUUUUUCGGGCAGUGACAAGGAUUUUUACGAGCGAGAAUUUACGUUCUUCGACGAAAUCACCAAUAUAUCGGGCAAGCUGCGUCCGUUCCUCAAGAAAAGUAAAACGGAGAAGAAACAAAAAAUCGAGGAAGAAUUACGCAAGAUUAAAGUAGAUGUGGGUGUCUACCUCCCCAGCAACCCUGAUGGGACCGUCAUUGGGAUCGACCGCAAGUCGGGCAAACCAUUACAGAGCCACGCAAAGGCGCCUUACAUGGCAACGUUUCGCAUCAAGAAGUCCCGUGCAACGACUGAGGACGAGAUCAAGAAUGAGCUUGCAGCUGGAGAUGUCAUUGCAGGUGGUCAGAAUAAGGCAGUCUCUCUAGACACUUCCUACGAGGUUUGGCAAUCCGCUAUAUUCAAGGUUGGGGAUGAUUGUCGCCAAGACAUCCUGGCUUUGCAGAUGAUUGCCGCGUUCAGGGGUAUUUUCAAUGACGUUGGCCUCGAUGUUUACGUUUAUCCGAACAGAGUGACAGCUACCGCACCAGGAUGUGGCGUAAUCGAUGUGCUGCCCAACUCUAUUUCACGUGACAUGCUUGGCCGAGAGUCCAUCAACGGGCUCUACGAAUAUUUUGUUUUCAAGUAUGGAACUGAAAAUUCGAUUGCAUUCCAAGAGGCCCGGAAUAACUUUGUGAGGAGUAUGGCUGCUUAUUCAGUCAUUUCCUACCUGCUACAAUUCAAAGACCGUCACAAUGGCAAUAUCAUGAUCGACGACAUGGGCCACAUUCUCCACAUCGACUUUGGCUUCUGUUUUGACAUUGCUCCAGGCGGGGUCCGGUUUGAGAGGGCCCCCUUCAAGUUGACGUCGGAGAUGAUAGCUGUGAUGGGUGGAAGUUUCUCCGCACAACCUUUCAAGUGGUUCGAAGAGUUGUGCGUCAAAGCUUUUCUGGCCUCGCGCCCACAUGCGGAAAAGCUCUGUCAUCUUGUGGUGCUCAUGCUUGGUAGCGGUCUCCCCUGUUUCAAGCCCGAGACCAUCAAGCAUCUCCGGGAACGAUUCGUGCUGGAGAAAAGCGAGAGGGAAGCUGCUGACUUUAUGAAGGAUUUGGUCAAGAAAAGCUAUGGAAGUUACUCGACCAAAGGAUAUGAUCAAUUUCAACUUCUUACGAAUGGUAUACCUGUUGAUCGACGAAGCGGACAAGCCGUCGCCAUUAAGAUCAUCGAUGUAGAAAAUGCCGAGGAUGAAGUGGAAGACAUCAUACAAGAGAUAUCCAUCCUAUCCGAACUUCACUCACCGCAUGUCACCCAAUAUCUUGGCUCUUACCUCAAAGGUUCAGAUCUGUGGAUCAUCAUGGAAUUCUGUUCAGGAGGUAGCUGCGCCGACUUGUUAAAACCAGGAUUGAUGGCGGAGGAGUACAUAUGCAUUAUACUGAGGGAGUUGCUACUGGGUCUAGAGUACCUCCAUGCAGACAAGAAAUUGCACAGGGAUAUCAAAGCUGCGAACAUAUUGCUUGGAGCCAAUGGGUCGGUCAAGCUAGCCGACUUCGGUGUUUCAGGACAACUAACAGCGACGAUGACGAAGAAGAACACUUUCGUAGGCACACCAUUCUGGAUGGCGCCGGAAGUCAUCAAGCAGUCGGGUUAUGACCACAAAGCAGACAUUUGGUCGCUAGGAAUCACUGCAUUGGAAUUGGCCAAAGGGGAGCCGCCCUACUCUGACAUCCACCCAAUGAAGGUAUUGUUUCUCAUACCAAAGAACGCGCCACCUACACUCCAAGGCAACUUUAGUAAACCAUUUAAAGAUUUUGUGGAGAUGUGCCUCAAAAGAUCCCCCUUAGAGCGACCUACAGCAAAGGAUUUGUUGAAGCAUCCCUUCAUCCGCAAGGCUAAGAAAACUACAUAUCUUACUGAACUGAUAGAACGUCAUGAGAGGUGGCAAGCUACUCAUGGAGACAACGAUUCAGAGGACAGUGACGAUUCUGCCGAUGAGCACCCUCGUGGGGGUCCAGAUCAAGAAGAUCUUUGGGAUUUUGGGACUGUGAGACCAAUGGGCGGGCGAGGACGAGGCCUGAAAGACCUCAACGAAUCGGCAGCGAAUGCGAGGGCGCAGCCUCCACUAGACAGAAGAUUGGAAAAUCAAAGUCCAGACCGGAAACCUUCCGUCGACAGACAGAAGAAAAUUUCGGGUUCUGCAGAGGAGACGGUGAGGGUUCAUUCGCCUGAGCGCCAGGGCCGGGGGUUGUCACCACAACGGAAACCUAUCUUCGCCGACCGCACACCAAUGUCCCCCAGCAAAGUCCCUCUUCCUCCAUCACCUGCCAAAAAUCCUCCUACCAGAGGCUUAGGGAUUGGAGAUGCGAAUUCAAGUCGUCAGAUAUCCUCAGAAUGGCAGAAAUCCGAUCACGUUUCUCUUAGCCAAAGUAUGGCAAAACUCGGGCUUGGGCCGAAUCAAGAUCAAACGACAGCAAGACUCCCACCCCAUUCCGAGAAACAGGGUUUCCAAAUAAACAAGCAUCAGAAAAGCCCGAAAGACAAGUUUGUUGUAUCGGAGAUUCCACCAUUCAUCCCUCUUCCUAGUACUCCUAGCCGAUACUCCCAAGACUUGCCAACACAGAAUCGAGCGCUUCCAAUGCAGCCAACUUCCUUCCAGGUGCCACAGCUGCCUCUGCCUAAUGGGUCACCAUUUGACUUAGCAGCUACACAGGCACCAGCAGGCCAACUUGCAGGCCUAAGCCAGCCUGAAGACAAUCGACUCCACGAGACGCGGAAUCCUACGGAGACGCAAUUCCCAACGAAUCUCAGCUCAACCACCCUUCGCGGCAUUGACUCUGAUAGUGAGGUGACGCCCUUGAACAGUGUUUUGAUCCCUGCCGUACAAGCUUCCCUUAAUCGACGAACCUUCAGUCUAAACGAGCACCUUCAGAGGAAUCAGGAUGUGACCCGCACCAAGCCAUUGACGCAAAUGCAAGUCAACACGAUCAAAGAAACUGAUUACCGCCGCAAAGCCACCCACGAGAAGAUGACGAAACAUAUAACAAAGCUGGCGGGCGUGCUUUCUGAGAUCGACAAAUUAGACAAGGAAAUUAUUGCGGACGGAAAAGUAGGAAUGGGUGGAGGAGUCAAGUUAUUCCUGGAGGGUCUAUUGGAGGAAAUCCUCGUGCGAGUAGAGCCUGAAGAUGAAGUGCCUUCCCCAACAAAACGGUGGUAG